AUGCUGGGUGGUGGGGAGAUGAACCAGGAAAAUACCAGUGAGAGCACGCAAGGUUCAUCUCAUCGGACAAGAACUAGACCUUCAUUAUCACGUUCUAAACAGCCGUCUAAGAAGAGGCGUAACAGUGAUGUGAUGGUGGAAAUGAUGAACGCUAUUGCAGCAAAUAUUGGUAGGAUAGCUGAUGCUUUGACAGGGAGCAACCAAUCUGUGUGCUUGGAUGAACUGUUUGAGAUGGUGCAGAACAUUCCUGGCUUUGAUGACGAUCUUAUUAUUGAGGCAUGUGAGUUUCUUUCUUUUGAUGAAAAGAGGGCCAAGAUGUUCUUAAAAUUGGAUGAGAGUUCGCCGGAGGCCAUCCUCCGCCGUUUCUCCGCCAGUCGCCACCCCAAAACCCAGCGACGGUGUUUUGAAACAAGGCUUUGUUGUCUUUCUAUGUUCAGAAAUGCUCACACUCUUCGCCUCCCCCCCAAACUCUCAUUCAAACUCAAACAAACUCACACUCAACACUUCUCUCUCUCAAUCUCCACCACCACCACCACAACACCACUAUGGACUCAUCUCUCGUCACCCCCUCACACUCACCCCACUAUCCUCCCAUUCUGUUCCUCCACACAGUCCCUCCAACAAACCCAACAGACCCAUGCAAUCGCCAUCCUCACUGGUCUUCUUCCACGUAGUGUCUCUAUCUCUGCUGCUCUCAUUCUUCGCUACGCCACCUUUGGAGACCCAAUAGCUUCUCUCGUUCUCUUCGAAAAAACAGUUCCGUAUUGUCGCACUGCAUUCUUGUGGAACACUCUCACACGAGCUCACACCAUUGCUGGAGUCCAUGAUGGGUUCAAAACAUACAAUCGAAUGGUGCGGGAUGGUGUUAAGCCCGAUGGACAUACGUUCCCUUUUGUUCUCAAGGCUUGUUCGGAUUAUUCGGAGGUUGAGAAGGGUAUGGAGGUUCAUGGAUUGUUGUUCAAGCUGGGUUUUGAUAAAGAUGUUUUCGUGAGUAAUACCCUUUUGUGUUUCUACGGUGGGUGUGGUGGUCUGAGUGAUGUAGAUAUGGUGUUUGAUGAAAUGGUUGAAAGAGACGUUGUGUCGUGGAAUACGAUGAUAGGAGUGUUUUCCGUCAAUGGGUGUUAUGCAAAAACGCUUGAUUUGUUUCAAGAGAUGAAGUUGAGAUCUGGCUUUAAGCCGAAUGUAGUUAGUAUUGUGAGCGUUUUGCCGGUCUGUGCGGGACUUGAGGAUGAGGUGAUGACUAGUAGGGUUCAUUGUUAUGUUGUAAAGGUAGGUUUUGAUUGUCAUGUCACUGCUGGUAAUGCUCUGGUUGAUGCUUAUGGAAAAUGUGGGAAUGUGAUGGCGUCAAAGCGAGUUUUUGAUGAAAUGGUUGAGAAGAAUGAUGUUUCUUGGAAUGCUAUUAUUGUUAGUUUGGCUUAUAGAGGGUGUCAUAAAGAUGCCUUAGAUAUGUUUACAUUAAUGAUUGAUGUGGGAGUAAAACCAAACCCUGUUACCAUUUCUAGUAUGCUACCAGUGUUGGUUGAACUAGAAUGUUUUGCUGCAGGAAAGGAACUUCAUUGUUACAGCAUCAGAAUGGGUAUGAAAUCCGAUAUUUUCAUUGCCAAUUCUUUAAUGGAUAUGUAUGCGAAAUCAGGACACUCAAAUGAAGCAUCAAAUAUAUUUUUCCAGAUGGACACAAGAAAUGUGGUCUCAUGGAAUGCCAUGGUUGCUAACUUUGCUCAAAAUAGGAGUGAAUUGGCGGCGAUAGGACUUGUCAGAGAAAUGCAAGUUCAUGGUGAAAUUCCUAACUCUCUCACUUUCACAAAUGUUCUUCCGGCUUGUGCACGAAUGGGCUUUCUUCGCCCUGGAAAAGAAAUACAUGCCAGGUCUAUCAGGACAGGGUCUGCCUUUGAUUUAUUCGUGUCAAAUGCUUUGACAGACAUGUAUGCGAAGUGUGGGUGCCUAAACCUUGCCCAAAAUAUAUUUAACAUCUCACUUAAAGAUGAAGUGUCGUACAAUAUCCUAAUUGUGGGCUAUUCCCAAGCUAGUGAUUCCUCAGAAUCUUUUACUUUAUUUUCAGAAAUGAGGCUGGCGGGAAUGAAUCAUGAUACUGUUUCCUUUGUGGGAGUUCUCUCAGCUUGUGCAAAUAUUUCAGCAAUCAAGCAAGGAAAGGAGAUUCAUGGAUAUGUAGUGAGGAAGCUUUUUCAUACUCAUCUCUUUGUUGCAAACUCACUCUUGGACCUUUAUACCAAAUGUGGAUGCAUUGACCUUGCUAGGAAUAUUUUUGAUCGGAUCCCAGACAAGGAUAUAGCUUCAUGGAAUACUAUGAUCAUGGGUUUUGCUAUGCUAGGUGAAUUGGAUACCACAAUCAAUCUCUUCGAAGCCAUGAGGGAGGACGGCGUGAAAUACGACUCAGUUUCUUAUAUUGCUGUUCUGUCAGCUUGUAGUCAUGGAGGAUUACUUGAGAAAGGAAGGAAAUAUCUUGAUGACAUGCUUGUUGGGGAUAUUAAACCCACAAAAAUGCACUAUGCAUGUAUGGUUGAUCUUUUUGGCCGAGCUGGACUUAUGGAAGAAGCAGUAGAGCUCAUCAAAAGAUUGCCAGUUGAAGCGGAUGCCAAUUUAUGGGGUUCUCUCCUUGGGGCGUGUCGAUUACACGGGAAUAUAGAUUUAGGUUGUUGGGCAGCUGAGCAUCUAUUUAAGCUGAAGCCGGAAAACUCUGGGUAUUACACACUUCUUUCAAACAUGUAUGCAGAAGCAGGGAGGUGGGAUGAGGCAGAUAAGAUUAGAGAAUUCAUGAAGUUAAAGGGAGUGCAGAAGAAUCCUGGGUGCAGUUGGGUUCAAAUUGAUGAUCAGGUUCAGGUGCAUUCUUUUGUUGUUGGAGGCCAUUGAUUCGAUGUCCAUGGCUUGACGAACCUGUUUUAAGUUAUAUUUUUUGCCAAAAUUUGGGCACUUCCAUCGAGAGGCGAUUGAGGAAGGCAAAGUAACCAUGGCAUGAAUAUCAUCGGGCUCUCAGAAUGCUAGUUGAGGUGUUGACCAAGAAAAUAAGAUCAAUCAUUCUUGAAUGUUCUUUUGCUAAAAUGGUAUUCAGCUUGAUUCAUGA